GCCACACUUCCUCGUACGAUGGUGUGAUUACAUGCGACUAGCGUGAUUGCAUAGGCUUAGGGAUUUUGACCUUGAGACAGGUCCUUUUAAGUAUAACAUGAAUCCAAGCUACUUCAAGAUCUACAAUGAGUGGUAAUCCAGUUCCAAAUGAUAAUGUGGCACAUGUCCACCCAGAGGUCCAUGUUGACAACACAGGAGCAUCUUCUGGCAGUGAAGCAACAGAGGCCUUUAGUUCUUUGAAUAGUAAUGGAAAUAGUGAAAAAAGUGAUGAUUUUGAGCAUAUCAUAACUGAGGAAUGUGAAAAUGGUCCAGAAAAGGAGACACAGAAAGUGCGAUUCUCUAUAUCUGAAGAAGAUGAGAUAACAGACAAAGGAGGAAUGAUAUCUGACAUCAAUAAUUUCCAGAGUAGUUGGAAAGGCUCUAGAAAGAAAGCUCGUCAUUUGAGACAGUCGAUGUCAGGAACUCAUCUGCUGCAGCAAGGAAAGGAAGCUUCACGUAUUGAUGGAAAAGACUUUACUGUUGCCACACCAGAGGAAUUUGUUAAAAGAUUUGGAGGGAACCGAGUGAUAAACAAGAUUCUGAUUGCAAACAAUGGAAUUGCUGCAGUGAAGUGUAUGCGAUCAAUCCGCCGUUGGGCCUAUGAAAUGUUCAGAAAUGUUCAUGUUGUUCGUUUUGUUGUCAUGGUUACUCCAGAAGACUUAAAAGCAAAUGCUGAGUACAUCAAGCUAGCUGACCACUAUGUACAUGUUCCAGGGGGAACAAAUAACAAUAAUUAUGCUAAUGUGGAGCUGAUACUAGAUAUUGCUAAAAGACUGAAUGUUCAGGCUGUGUGGGCAGGAUGGGGACAUGCAUCAGAAAAUCCCAAACUUCCAGAGCUAUUGCACAAAAGUAAUAUUGCUUUCAUGGGACCACCUGAAAAAGCCAUGUGGGCACUUGGAGACAAGAUAGCUUCUUCAAUUGUUGCACAGACAGCAGGAAUUCCUACUCUACCUUGGAAUGGUUCAGGAUUGAAAGCAGAAUGGAAUGAAUCAUUCUUGAAAAACCACAAGAGAGUAAAGAUUCAACCAGAACUUUAUAAAAAAGGCUGUUUGGAGGAUGUUGAUGAAGCAUUAGCAUUGGAGCUGUAUGGAAAUUGA